AUGGCAAAUUAUGAGAAUGAUUUAUUACAAGAUUUAGAAAGUGAUGAUGAAAUAAUACAACAAGACUCAUUCCAAAGUAAAUUAAAUGAUUUAAUUCAAUCAAAUUUAUUAUCUGAUUCUUUUCAAACAAUUUUAAAUUAUCCAGAUAUCGAACAAGUUGAAGAUUUUACAAAAUUAUCAAAAGUAUAUCCAUUAAUAAAUGAAUUAAGAGAAAAGAUUAUACAAUUUUCAAAUGAUGAAGAGAUUGAUUAUUUAAAUUUAUUAUCUUCGUUGGAAAAUGAUUUGGAUCAAUCUGAAGAAUAUAAAUUUAUAUUGCUAAUUAACGAAUUAACUACAAUUAUAAAUAAUGAAAUUACCGUGUUUGUUACGCUUAUAAAAAUGCAAUAUAAAUUACUAUUUCCAGAAUUAGAAUCAUUGAUUUUAAAUCCAAUAGACUAUGUGAAGGUAAUCAUGCUAAUAAAACAAGAUUUAAAGAAUAUUAAAAAUUAUGAAACUGAAUUAAAGUUAUUUUUAAGUGGUGAUAAAGUAUUAAUUAUCAUAAUGGCUGUACUACAGCAAUCCAAUAAUAUCCCACAACAAGAGUUUAAUAAAAUACUAUCUUGUGGUACAUUAGUCCUUGAGUUGAAUAAACUAUUACAACAAUUGUCAAAUUUUUUGGCUGAUAAGUUAUCAAAAAUUGCUCCUAAUGUUUCAACAAUCGUAGGUCCAAUAACGACAUCACAAAUUCUUAUAGCCACUGGAUCUUUAAAACAAUUAGCUUCAACUCCUUCAUGUAAUAUACCAGCACUUGGUGUACGAGAUUUGUCAUCAACCACAAAAACUAAAAAUAUUCGACAAACUGGUUAUUUAUAUCAUUGUGAUUUAAUUAAAUAUUUACCACCAGAGAUCAUGCGAUCAGCGAUGAGAAUUAUAAGUGGUAAAAUAAUACUAGCUGCAAGAAUUGAUUUAUCCAAAUCUUCGCCAGAUGGAGAAUUGGGUCAAAAAUUACUAUCUGAGAUUCAAGUCAAAAUUGAUAAAUUAUUGGCACCACCAGAACAAACACCCGAUAAAGCAUUACCAGCUCCAGUUGAACAAAAAUCUAAAAAAAGAGGUGGUCGAAGAUUUAGAAAAAUGAAGGAAAGGUUUCAAAUGUCAGAUUUAAGAAAAGCACAAAAUAAAAUGGAAUUUGGUAAAGAAGAAGAUACAAUAAUGGAUUCAUUUGGUAAAGAAAUUGGAUUAGGUAUGAGUAAAUAUGGAAAUAAUGGUAAAUUAGGUCAAAUUCAAAUUAGUUCAAAUACAAGUGCAAGAAUGUCAAAAUCAAUGAUUAACAGAUUACAACAACAACAACAACAACAAAAGGAAAAGAGUAUAUUUGAUACUGAUUUAGAUGAAUUAAUUUUCAGUGGAACUAAUGAAGAAAAACCAAAAGAAACAAAACCUACAAGUAAAUGGUUAGGUGGAAUAACCAAGAGAAAGUUAAAUGAAUCUGAUGAAGUACCAAAUAAAAAGGUCAAACUUUAA